AUGGCCGCUGAACACGCAAACGGCACCGACGAUGUUCGCGUCCUGGGCUACGACCCUCUCAUCCCACCCCAACUCCUCACCUCCGAACUCCCACCUCCACCCAACUCGCUCCCCACCGUAGUCAAAGGCCGCCGCGAAGCCGUCGAAAUCAUAAAACAACGCGAUGACCGUCUCCUCGUCAUGGUCGGCCCCUGCUCUCUCCACGACCCCGAGACCGCUGUGGAAUACUGCUCUCGCCUGGUCCAGCUCGCCGACAAGCUAAAGCAAGACCUCUGCAUCAUCAUGCGAGCAUACCUGGAAAAGCCGCGAACAACAGUGGGAUGGAAAGGCUUGAUCAACGACCCGGACAUUGACGAGAGCUACAAAAUAAACAAAGGCCUUCGAGUUUCGAGGAAAUUGUUCUGCGACCUCACCAAUCUGGGUAUGCCGAUUGCUAGUGAAAUGCUAGAUACCAUUUCGCCUCAAUUCCUCGCAGACCUGAUCUCGCUGGGAGCGAUUGGUGCGAGAACGACGGAAUCUCAGCUUCACAGGGAACUUGCCUCGGGUCUUUCUUUCCCUAUGGGCUUCAAGAAUGGGACGGAUGGGAGUUUGACGGUGGCUGUGGAUGCCAUUGGGGCCGCUGCUGCUAAGCAUCAUUUCAUGGGUGUGACGAAGCAGGGACUUGCGGCCAUCACCAAGACUGCGGGAAACCCGGAUUGCUUUGUGAUUUUGAGAGGAGGGACCAAGGGCACGAAUUUCGAUGAGGAGAGUGUGAAGGCUACGCGUGAGGCGUUGAAGAAGAAGGGAUUGGCUGAGGUUAUGAUGAUUGAUUGCUCGCAUGGCAAUUCUCAAAAGAACCAUAAGAAUCAGCCAAAGGUCGCUCAAGUUGUUGGAGACCAAAUCCGUGAGGGUGAGACGGGCAUUGUCGGGGUCAUGAUUGAGUCCAACAUCAAUGAGGGCAACCAGAAGACUCCAGCUACUGGCGGUCUUGCAGCUCUGCAGAAGGGUGUUUCCAUCACCGAUGCCUGUAUUGAUUGGGAUACGACUGUUGAGGUUCUUGAGCAGCUUGCCGACGCUGUGCGAACGAGACGAUCGAAGAAGACUAGCAAUGGCGUCGAUGGCUCUCACUAGAGUUUGUCUCGGUGGUCCAGGAGAUGAUUCGAGGAGGAACGACUGUAUGAAUGCUGGUCGGCUGGCGUUUGGCUUGCUCGAGUCUCAUUACAGCUCAAAAGCCCUUGCUUUUCAAGCAUAGCUCUAUACCAUUCCACCCUCCAGACGCAUAGUGGUGAGCCUAGAUUUGAAAUGCGGAUGCAAUUCUUUUU